GGAGAAAGCCAAUCUACUGUAACUUAUACUGCAAGGUGAUGCUGCUCGGCCAGUUCAGUUGUCAGAACGCUAGUUUCACGUUUCAUCUGGAUACUAUUAUAGAGAUCUGAUUUGGGUGAGAUUUGUCAAAGUUUCUGAUGGCAGACAGAAGUGAGGGGCACUUAGUUGAUAUCCCAGCCAGUAGAGGGCAGCACUUUGCUGAUACUGUGGCUGACAGGUGUUACCAACAGUACCAGCAACUACCAAAAGAGGGAAAACCCCAAAAGGGCAAGGAAUGGGCCCUAAUGGCAGCUGUUGUCAUGACAACCAGCGGUAAUACUGCAAACAAACCCAGUGGAAACCAUGCUAUAGCGGAUUGUGAGAUCAUUGAUGUGGUUUCCAUAGGAACAGGCUCCAGAUGUAUUGGGAAGUCAUUUUUGACAGAUAAAGGUGAUAUCAUCAAUGAUAGUCAUGCAGAAGUGUUGGCCAGAAGAGCUUUUAUAAGUUACCUGUAUGACCAGCUGACUCUUGUUUACACAGACCAGGAGAGCAAAGUGUUAGAAGUCACCGAAAACUGCAGAGUCAAGGUCAAGGCUGGGGUCCAUUUCCAUUUCUUCUCCAGUCACACACCCUGUGGUGAUGCCUCUAUAUUUCCUAUAGCGGAGGAUGCUAUGGAUAAUACUGGCUUCAAGGUAGAAAACCACAACACAUCUCCAUGUCAACAGACCCAACAAGAUGGAAGUCAUGUUGGGACAGGAGGUAAAAGUCAUGAGGAAAAUAUAUUUAUGAACAGUUUUCAAAAGUCUGAGUUGUCAAUAUCAGGUUCUAGAAUUCAGAAUUUGGUAGCAAAAAGGAAAUCAUGUUACUGCAGUGAGGAAGAAAUACAAGCUAAAAAGUCAAGGUCAGUUAUUGAUGAGACUGACAAAGGUCAAGGUGAUGAGGCCAGAAAGUUAACAGAAGAUUUGCACGAACCAAAAAAUUGUAACAUAAGGGAAGAUCGAAAUCCUGGUAAUUUACAAACUCAGAUGAACCAAGAAUUUGCUGUGCAAAGUGAGAGAGACAUUGAGUCUGCUGUGCACCCACCACCUGAAGGGGACAUCUACAGGACAGGGGCCAAGUGUGUACCUGGGGGUGAGCAGGACAGCUUUAUGGCAGGUCAGGAUUACCACACAGUUGGACUGCUGAGGACCAAGCCUGGCCGAGGGGAUAGGACUCUCUCCCUGUCUUGUAGUGACAAACUUGCUCGCUGGAAUGUUGUUGGCUGUCAGGGGGCAUUACUCUCCAACUUCCUGUCACAACCAAUCUACUUUGAUACGAUUGUUAUUGGAAGCUGUCCCUACAGCCAUGAUGCCCUGGAUAGAGCGGUGAUACAGAGAAGUCGAGGUGUGGGUCCUCUUCCUCCUGGAUAUCGUCAUGGCAACCCACAGCUUCUCCAGUCCUCUCGACUUUUCCCAGACUCGCGCACUUCAAUAGAAAAAAAUUUUCAUGAUUCUUUGACACCUUGCCCCAGGUCUAUCACAUGGCACUGUAGACUGGUGGAGAACUUCCAUCAAGUAGUGGUCAACGGCAGACGGCUUGGGGCUACCAAAAAGAUGAGACAUGUGCCAAAAGUCCGGAGUAAAGUGUGCAGUAUGGAGUUGUUUCGCCGAUAUAUACAUAUGCUGGAGGUCAUUCCCAAGGAUAAACUUCCUCUCAUCCUCAGGUCGUCAAGGCAGCCAGCUGAUGUGAUGUAUGCAGAGUACAAAUCCAUGGCAACAGAAUACCAGACAGCAUGGGAAUGUUUAAAGAAACAAGAAAUAUUCAAAUCCUGGGUCCAUAAGCCUCAUGGGCUGACAUCUUUUUUACUGGAUAAUAAAUAACUAUU